UCUACUCUCAGUUCUUUUAAGAGGUUUGUCUAAACUUCUCUGAGAAGUCAUAAAAUGAAAUUCUAUUUUUUGCAAGUUGCCAACAUAUUGGUUUAAGGAAAUACCUUACCAAUGGGUCCCUCUGGCAACCCAUGUUUUUGACAGUAGACAAAAGACGUUUUGGAACUAGCUAUUAGACCCUGAAGCUUCUGCAAGCGAAUGUUUUCCAUCAAAUUUGGUCCAAGACAGAACUCUACCUCAGUUGACUGUGAAGACUUAUCCCAAAGGUGUUGGAUGUAUUGGCCUACAAAGAUCAAGUUCCGUUCCAUUAAACCGACAACGAUCGCUAACAUUUCGAGAGAAACAUGAUGGCAAACGCAGGAAUGGAUACAUCAAAGUUCGCCCAAUAUAGUCAGUUUCAAGUACAAAAGCAAUUCAAUUGGGUUAUGGAAUUGACGGCGUCAAGAAGCAUUGAAAUUGGAGUCUUUCAGCGGAUACGAUUCUAUUGCAAAUCUUCUCAUCAAGGCCGAAGCAGCAACAGAAUGAUGACUUCAAUUUUCUCUGAUCCUACAAAUAAUACCGCAUCUGAAGUUGGAAUAGAGGCAACAAAAGAUUGGAUGAACCGGAAGCUAUUCGGUAACGUGAUGUCAUUUCCUUCCAAACUCAAUCCACACGACCUUCUUUCAAUAUGUCAACUGUUGUUGGUAUUGAUUUACCAUUUUUUAUACUUAUUUCUAUUCAUGCUCUAUAUCAUUCCAUCAAUCAUCAAAAGAGCAAAGUAGUCGAUUGAUUUAGCAUUCCUGUUAUUAGCAUUUUACAUUUCUCUCCCUAUCCUUGAGCAUGAUAACAUAAAGAUUAGUCCUCUGGCAAG